CGUUCCCGAUCGCAACGAAGAGGACUGGGAGAGGUGGGAAAAGCUAACCAGUCAAUAUUCUACAACCAAUCUUUUGCACAUUUACAGCUCACAUCCAACGACAGCAUGUCUGAGGAGAAGACAAAGGAAGGUGUGAAGACGGAGAAUGACCACAUUAACCUGAAGGUGGCCGGUCAGGACGGUUCAGUGGUCCAGUUUAAAAUUAAAAGACACACACCCCUCAGCAAACUAAUGAAGGCUUACUGUGAAAGACAGGGUUUGUCAAUAAGGCAGAUUAGAUUUCGGUUUGACGGACAGCCGAUCAACGAGACGGACACACCUGCACAGCUGGAGAUGGAAGAUGAGGACACUAUUGAUGUAUUUCAGCAGCAGACAGGGGGCACCUGCUAGAGGCAGACAUCCCUCUGUACAGACUGUACAGGCCACACACCUGGAGAAUAUCCACUCAGCUAUUUUAUUUGAUUUUCUUCCUCAAUACUCAACUUUUUUUUGUUGUUUUUGUUUUUGUUUUUUUUUUUUUUGUAGCCCCGUCCCCCUGCUCCGCGCAUUAUAGGGGGGUUACGGGUUUGUGUUCAACAUAUAUGUAAGAGGGGGGCAAGCUUUUUUAGACUGAAAAAGGUGACUUGAUGGGGGUGGUCAGUUUUCAGACAUCCUCCCCUCAGUCUGCGCCAGUAGUGACACUUUCAGGGGCUUUGGGCCACGCUUAACACACUGACUUCCUGUUCAGAAACUCCGUCCUGGGUGAAAGGUCAGAGAUCCCGAGGGGGUGGGGCAGCCUGGGUGUUUGUGUGUCUUGGGGGGGAGUCUGUGUGCCGGUGGUUGUGGUCCAGGUGGAAAUAUAGGUCCUGUAAACCUGCCAUUCAAACUACCACAGGUUGAAGGAGUGGUAUGCUCUUGAGCAUAUCUCCUGCAUCAUGGUGUAUAUUUUAGGUCCGUCUUAAUUUUAGGCAUAUUUGCAGACAUUUUUUGUUUUCCACUCCUUUUAAUCAGUGCAAUUUGUUCAAAAGCCUAUUUCUCUGAAUGACUGGUUUAUGGGGCCUCUCGUUUUCCUGGAUUCAGCAGUAUCAAGGUAACUGAAAAAUAUAAACCUAUUAUGGUGGAUGAAAGAAUGAGAGUCUGGACCAAAUGCUAAACUCAGUAUUCUGAUCAAUAAAUGUUUUUGAUUCUACAAAUGUUAAGUGUUUCUUUUUAAUGCCUGUAUGAGGGAAGGUGUUUUACCUUUCAGAUUUUUUUUUUUUUUUUGAUUGAACCUGGGUGUGGGAUUGUCAUGAUCAUUUGGCACAAAGAGCCAUUUGUAAUUGGAUUUUCCCACCCCCAGUGGCAAAAGAAAAUGGACUCUUCCCUGACUUCAAAUUCAUCAGCGUUUUGUGCAUCUUUUGUCAUGGUUCAGGUGAACUCUAUCACUGACAUGCGUUCUGAGAGCACAUCUCUCCUCUCUGAUUUAGGAUACGCAGGUUUUGGGAGGGGGGAGGGGGAGGGAAAAUAAAAGUCCAAUAAUAUCUUA